AUUAACUCUUGCCCGGUGACAGCAGCCGGCCAAGCACCGGCUCCACCGUGUGACUGUCCGCACUCAGAGCUACUUCCCCGCUGAGGAGAGGCUACAGCAGCGGUUGUGUGGAGCUCCAGCAGAAUGAGGCGCUCAGAGUCGGGAUGUGACCGCUUGACCCGCCGCGCUCAGGGCUUCGCCGUCCAGUCAGUCACUCGCUGCUAGUUCUACUGAGGUUCUUCCCACAGGUCCGUCAGAGCUCAGUGAACGGGACCUUUCAUUGUUUUAGAAAAAUUGGACUCACGAUUCACGCGAACUGAACCGCGCCAUGAUCCCCGAAUCCCAUCGGACCGGGAACACGAGAGGCAGGACUCGCUUCCAGCCGAACCCAAGUCCGGUUCCUGCCUCAGCUUCUGCUGUCACGGGAGGACCGAACCCGGCUCGGUCCGUCAGCGGCUUGCUGUCGGAAAUCCGAACCUCCAUUAGGACGGAACCUUUCACCGAGCAGUACUCCGUUCUCCCCGGCCGAGAACUGGGCAGGGGGAAGUUUGCUGUGGUUAGGAAGUGUGUGGAGAAAUCCACGGGCCACGAGUAUGCUGCAAAGUUCUUGAGAAAGAGGCGGAAAGGUCAGGACUGCCGGACAGAGAUCAUCCAUGAGAUUGCGGUGCUCGAGCUGGCCACAGCCAGUCCGCGGGUGGUCAACCUCUACCAGGUCUAUGAGAUGGCUUCAGAGAUGGUGCUUGUUCUGGAGUUUGCUGCUGGAGGAGAGAUCUUCAACCAGUGCGUGUCUGAUCGAGAUGACGAGGCCUUCAGUGAAGAGGAUGUGAAGAGACUCAUGAGACAGAUCUUGGAGGGAGUCUCCUUCAUCCAUCAGAACAACCUGGUCCACCUUGACCUGAAACCUCAGAACAUCCUGCUGACCAGCAGCUCUCCUCUGGGUGAUGUUAAGAUUGUUGACUUCGGGCUGUCCAGGAAGGUCAGCAGCCACCAUGAACUUAGGGAGAUCAUGGGCACCCCAGAGUACGUUGCUCCUGAGAUCCUCAACUACGAGCCAAUAAGCACUGCGACAGAUAUGUGGAGUAUCGGCGUUCUGGCCUACGUGAUGCUGACAGGAAUCUCUCCGUUCCUGGGUGACGACAAGCAGGAGACGUUUCUCAACAUCUCUCAGCUGAAUGUGAGCUACGGUGCUGAGGAGCUGCGGCAGCUGGACCAGGCCGCCCUAUCCUUCAUUCAGAUGCUGCUCCGCAAGCUGCCACAAGAGCGGGCCACAGCGGAGCAGUGCCUGAGACACCCCUGGCUUCAGCGGGCAGGGCCCCGGGGACUCCUGAUAGAGGAGGAGAACGUCCCGGUCCAGGACCCACAGACAUCCAGCACCACCAACAGUUCCUCCUGCAGUCUGCCGCCUCCCGGCAGCACAAGCAUGGCCGAGGAAGAGGAGGAAGAAGAAGGGCCAGUGACAGAGGAGCUGAUUGUCAUGGCUGCCUACACCCUGGGUCCGUGCCGCCAGUUGUCCACCUCCGAGGAGGCUAUGCUGGCUGCGGAGCAGAAGGCCAUCUCCAAACGCUUCAAGUUUGAGGAGCCAUUUAGCACUUUGCAUGAGGUCCCUGGAGAGUUAAUCUACUGACCCCAGUUAGCCCUCGCAAUGUCAUCUCACUAUCUUUUUAUUAUACAAAUAUGUAUUUAAACAUGUAAUCAAACAUGUUACCACUUAUUUAAGCUAAUUAUUUUAAGCUUUUUUUGGUAUAUUCCUUUCCUUGUGCUUUUUUUCCAUAAUGCAUUAAGGCUGGACCCCCACACACCUGAGGUAGCUACAGUAGCUUGAUUUUCAUCGGUUUGUGCAUUUCCACCUAGAUCCAGAGACCAAACAAAGACUCAGCUAUCACUUUUUAAACACACAGACCACUGGGUCUGGUGCCGGACCCUUCCCCCCAGCACAGCAGGCUCUGUGGGUUGUCCUGAAAGGACACGGCCCUUCAGGUAAAAUGGGCUCCCUGAGUCCAAUCUGGUGACAGCUGAUGAAAGAGUGCUAUGCAAACAGAAAUAGCAGAACAUUGACUGAAAGAAUUUAAGUUCAGUCUUGGAGUAUUUGGGCUCACUGAUUUUUAAUCCUGAUUUGUUAUUAGUGCCAACUCCACAUGGUUUCCCCCACAGCAGGUUCUGCCGAUGGUAAAGGACAAGUAGAAACAUGCUGGAGGCAUUGCUUAGUUUAAAUACAGUGUAGUUACAGGAAAACUUUGAGGAAGAGGAAACUGGCCCCUAGGAUGUAACUUAAUAUGAAGGCGUCCAUCAACUGUCAGUGAAGGGGCAGAAGGACCCACACAUCUUGAUGCCACGUCUGAUGGACCACAUGAGGCGGGUUUCCUAAUGAUGAUCGCUGGAAUGGAUUGGGUUCAAUCUGACCCUAAUUAACAAGUCCUCACAUCUUUCUCACGCUUUAUGUAGUGGCUUUUGAUGUAAAACUGGCUGUAAAUGUUAAGUUUAAGCUUAACAGAACCAACUUUAGAUCUGCCAGGCUCUGAAAGAAGUCUAGAAACAGAAGCCUGUGCUUCCCAGACAGCUUACCUAGACAAGAAAUAGUCCUGCUGUUGUGCUGAGCUUAGUCCUUGUGCUUCAUUAACAUGAAGCUGUGUGAGUCCCAGCUGUUAGCCUGAAGCUAACUGAGCUAGCAGCUGCCUUCUCCGUAAGGCCUCUACAGGAGUUCAGGCAGCUCGGACUAUUGUCUGAAGUGUUCUUUGUUCUUUCAACUGCAAAAUCCGACACAUGCUGUUUUAGUGCAAGGUUUCAUGUUUGGUUUGAAUUAGCCACAAGGCAAGAGUCUUGAAUUUAGAUCAAGUGGAUUUCUGCUGACCUGUUUGAACUGGACCUCUGUGUUUUCUGUCAGCCAGUUGGGAAACUGUUGCUGAUGAAUUUCACAUGCAGAUGCUGUCUCUAUACAGUCAGCAAGGCACAGGUUUUUGGCCAAGCUUUGUGUACUUCACCUAGCCGCCUUUUCCCCUGACACUACCCUGUGUUAAUGCUCAUUUUUGUAUUUGGUGCCAAUAUGCUCAGAAACAGCCAUGGUUUUAGAUUUUGUUCUUUUUUCUGCUCUGCCUGUGUACUGUUGAGAGUAUCUAAGAGAUGUCUCUGUUUUCCUCUGUACUAAGAUCUGUUGUUAUGGUAACGGCUUUGGACCUGUAAUGUCCUGUGUUGUAAAUAAAUCAUUUCCAAAUUAUUGA